AUGCAAGACGGCUUUACAGUUAGGUUUCACUCGCCAUCAGCGCUUGCGUCAUAUGGAGAAUCUAUAUUUGUCUGUGACACCAGCAAUCAAGCUGUCAGACUAAUUUCAAGCUUAAAAAGCUAUAAACAUCUCGGAGAGAAAUUGGGGCUAUUUAUUGAACUCUUCCAACUUGAAGAAGAACUAUCAAGGAAGCCAAGUUUCCAACCAAGUUUGGAAGACGGGUUGAUUAUUCUCAAAGAAGCGGCGGAUUUCAUGAAAGACGUAGAGAGGCAGGCGUAUUUUCGAACAGGUCGAAGAUGUCCCCAGGGUCCUGAUCUAGUAUUGUCAAAACCUACGAGGGACGCUUUUAAAAUGCUUCAUUCGUCAUUUGAGAAAACGAAUUCGUUCUUCUCUGAAAACGAUUUGCAGCAUAUUGCAAAGGAUAUAUGCUUUCCAAGUUUCACGACACUACAUGUGGAACAUUUCUUUGCGGGAAUGAGAACCCCAAGUCGUCCAACGCCAGACAUGCAUGAUUACGGCAGCUGCAGACCAAGCUGUAUUGUUGAAUCCGUAGAGAAGGUGUAUCACUCUUCCUUUUCAGUGUAUACGGGACCCCAAAGCCACUACACCGAACGAACAAUAAAAAAGAGGGAGCCUGAGUGGCUUUAUGAUCGUGCAAAGUUUAGCGAAGAACAUUUUAGGCAAGAAGAUAGUGUUAAGGAGAAGGAUGUUUUGCGUGAAGAAUCAAGGGAACUUAGGCUGUUUGCUAAAGAAUUUGGGCAAGGCGUACGGCAGCAAAGAGUAAGAGACAAAACGAAAGUAAAGGCUGGAACUCUCCCUCUAUCUCUAAGCAUGAUCCGAAGAGUUCAAACAAACCAAACUCAAAAUGUUGUUGACAUGCUUGAAGAGCUUCAAGCCUUAGACGCAGGACAACCUGAAACAGCACAGAUUGAAACUCGUCCAGUUCGUUUUUCAAAGGGAGAUGUAGUCGCCCUAAAACACAACUGGAAACGUUAUUUGGAGCCCUUUUUCCUUGCUAUUCUUCAGGAGGACCUUCAUUGCAGUAAUGGUGGCAUCCUUGAGCGUACCAUGCGUAUUAACUGGCUUGAGCCGUCAGAGGAAGAUGCACUAUUAUACACUGUAGGCAAUGAAGACAACAACAACCCACCUCAGUGUAUUUUAGAUAUUGUAACGGUGGUUCAGGAUGGUGGGAAAUUCAUUCUAUGCCGAAACGAGGAGCAACGCCUAAAAAAACUUGGCUAA